GCAGAUUUGGAAAAACGCUCGCGCUUUUGGAGCGUCAUUAACUUGCGUAUACGUUGUGAGCUUUGCUACCAGAUACAACGCUUCAACAGUCCGGACGAUGUCUCAUAAUUACAUCGUCACGGCACAAAAGCCGACUGCGGUUACUGGCUGUGCAACUGGGCGUUUCCUCUCACCAAAUGAACUCAAUUUGGUUGUCGCGAAGAAUAGAAUCUUAGAGAUUUACACGGUAUCACCUGAAGGACUUUCGCCGGUCAAGGAAGUGAACAUUUACGGCCGAAUCGAAGUCUUGAAGUUCUUCAGGCCGGCUGGGGAGAAGAAAGAUUUUUUGUUCCUGGUAACCACGAAGUACAACGCAAUGAUCCUCGAAUGCACUCGUGAUGAGAAAGGAGAGCUAUUCAUUCGCACACGAGCGCACGGAAGUGUUUCUGACAGAAUCGGCAAGCCUGCGGAAACGGGUGUCAUUGCGAUUGUGGAUCCGAAUUCUCAGGUUAUUGCAUUACGAUUGUACAGUGGUUUGAUCAAGAUUAUUCCCUUGGAGAAAGAUAACACCGAGUUGAAGGCAUACAAUAUUCGAUCAGACGAAUUAGAAAUACAGGAUUUAGCUUUCUUGCAUGGAUGUUCAGUCCCAACACUCAUUAUGAUCCAUCAAGACAGCAACGGACGUCAUGUCAUUACCCAUCAAAUAUCUUUGAAGGACAAGGAAUUUAAGAAAGGUCCGUGGAAACAGGAUAAUGUUGAGAGAGAGGCAGUCAUUGUCAUUCCUGUUCCUCUUCCGGUUGGAGGUGCGAUCAUAAUCGGCCAGGAAACUAUAACGCAUCAUUCAGGCUCUCAUUUUGUUCCGAUCGCUCCCCCAAUAAUGCAAAAAAGCACCAUUACUUGCUAUACCCCUUUGGAUGAUACUGGUGCGCGAUAUUUGCUUGGAGAUUCUGCUGGCCGCCUUUUCGUCCUCGUACCCGAAGUCACUGGCGUUGGGAAGGAUUCCGAUUGUGGUGCGUCGAGUUCAAGUACCGUCGCGCAAGUCACAGUUCAGAAUCUGAGAUUGGAAUACCUUGGAGAAAUCAGCAUCCCUGAGUGUCUGACGUAUCUUGAUAACGGAGUAGUUUUUGUCGGCUCCCGUCUUGGCGAUUCCCAGUUGAUCCAUUUGAACGAGAAGCGAGACGAAAGCGGAUCAUUCGUAACUGUCUUGGAAUCUUUCACAAAUUUGGGGCCGAUUGUUGACAUGGUAGUCGUUGAUUUGGAACGGCAAGGACAAGGACAACUCGUCACGUGUUCGGGAGCAUUCAAGGAAGGCAGUUUACGAAUCAUCCGAAAUGGUGUUGGUAUUCAAGAAUUGGCAACCAUUGAAGAUCUUCCCGGCAUUAAAGGCAUGUGGACUCUUCGGAUUGGAAAAGCACAAGAAUUCGACAAUACAUUGGUUCUCGCUUUCGUUGGACAAACCCGAGUGCUUUCGCUAUCAGGAGAAGAGUUGGAAGAAACGGAAAUUCCUGGCUUCGUGGGAGACGAAUUAUCUCUGCAUUGUGCGAACGUUGCUUUCGGACAGAUGAUUCAAGUUACUGCGUCUGGUGUACGUUUGGUCAGCUCGGAAACGAAGGAGCUGUUGGCUGAAACCUGCCCUGCAAAAUCUGAAAUGGGGAUCAAUCUUAUCGUUGCUAACGAAAAGCAAAUUCUCUGUGCUUCAGGGAAAGAUUUGUUCUAUCUUGAGAUUUCGAACGGUAGCUUAGAAUUAAAAUCUCAGAUGACCAUGCCUUCGGAAGUUGCAUGUGUGGACCUCGCAACGCCUGACGAAGAUUCAGGUCUCUCAAAGAUCGCCGCUGUUGGAUUGUGGAAUAUUUCUGCUCACGUCGUCGUCCUCCCGGAACUGACUACAAUCCACAAUGAAUUACUGAGAGGAGAAACCAUUCCUCGCAGCAUUUUGACGGCAUCUUUCGAAGGCACCCAUUAUCUUCUUGUGGCCCUGGGAGAUGGAUCUGUUUUCUAUUAUACCUUCGAUCCGAAGACCGGUGUUAUGGCCAACAAGAAGCGUGUUACGUUGGGUACGCAGCCCACAAUUCUCAAGAAAUUUCGUUCGGGUCCGAAUGUGAGCGUGUUUGCGUGUUCUGACCGUCCUACCGUUAUAUACUCCUCAAACCAUAAGCUUGUGUUCUCCAACGUCAAUCUGAAAGAGGUGACGCAGAUGUGUCCUCUUAACUCGGAAGCCUAUCCCAAGAGCCUCGCGCUUGCGAGCAGUAACAACUUGUUGAUUGGCACUAUUGAUAAGAUACAGAAACUGCACAUCAGAACAGUGCCCUUGGGAGAGUCUCCGCGACGAAUCGCUUACCAGGAAGAAACUGAAACAUUUGGUGUUAUUGUCAGUCGGUUAGAUUUCAUGGACAACGAAAAUAAGCUCGGUCCCAGUCGACCGUGUGCAUCAUCACUUGCAUCGAGCACUUCAAGUUCAUUAGUUUUACCGUGUACUAAUGCAAAUUCUCGCCGCUUUCUCGGGUGUUUCUUUCUUAGGGCGUCACCUGUUGGGGACUCCGUGCAAAUCAAUGCGGAUAUGGGACAGGAAAUCGAAGUAUUCAAUCUGCUCAUUAUUGAUGUGAAUACGUUUGAAGUACUACAUGCGCAUAGAUUCCGUCCUGGCGAAUAUGCCAUGAGCAUCAUGUCCGCGAAGCUUGGAGAAGACCCGCUGACAUACUUCGUGGUAGGCACUGCCCAGAUGAACCAAGAAGAAUCCGAACCAAAGCAGGGACGUCUAAUUUUGUUUCACUGGCACGAUGGCAAGCUUAUCAUCGUUGCGGAGAAAGAAGUCAAAGGCUCGGUUUACGCUCUGGUGAACUUCAAUGGGAAAAUUUUAGCGGCUAUCAACGCUACCGUGCGGCUUUAUGAAUGGAUGCCCGAAAAGGAUUUCCAUCACGAGUGUUCACACUUCAGCAAUAUUGUCGCGCUUUUUUUGAAGACGAAAGGCGACUUUAUCCUCGUUGGCGACUUGAUGAGAUCCGUGACUCUGAUCUCCUACAGACAUCUCGAGUCGGUGUUCGAAGAAAUCGCUCGUGAAUAUAAUCCGUGUUGGAUGACAGCCAUCGAAAUCAUUGACGACGACACAUUUUUGGGCGCAGAACACAGUGCAAACAUCUUUGUUUGUCAAAAAGAUGGCGCAGCCAGUUCUGACGAGGAGCGUCAAUACAUGCAGGUAACGGGAAGUUUCCACGUUGGCGAUAUGAUCAAUGUCUUCAGACAUGGGUCUCUGAUGAUGACACAAGCUGCAGCGGAUCAGAAUUUGCUAACGCAAGGCAGCAUUUUGUACGGAACGGUGCACGGCUCGAUCGGAAUCGUAACCCAGGUGACUUCGGAGUUGUUCAACUUCUUAAAGGACGUUCAGUCCAAGCUUGCGAAGCAAAUCAAAGCAGUAGGCAAAAUCGACCACGUCGACUGGCGUAGUUUUCAUUCGGACAGACGAACGGAUGUAUCCCAAGGGUUCAUUGAUGGCGACUUGAUAGAAAACUUUUUGGACCUCGAUCGCGCGUCCAUGGAGCGAGUCGUGGAGGGUAUCCAGGUUGACCCGUCUGGGCGGUACGGGCCUGUUACGGGAGGCAUGAAACGGGAAGCUACGGUUGAUGAUUUGAUCAAGAUCGUGGAAGACCUUACGAGAAUCCAUUAGAUUCUUCCUGGAAUCCGCGAUGCUUUUUUGUUACGUGCUUGGAAUCGUAUCCGCUUUUUUUUAUUGCGCCGGUUCGAUUCUUUUUGUUUCCGCAAGAAACUGUGGAUGGUGGGUGAAUGAAAAUUUUUAAGGCGAUAGACAUCAUAGAGUCGAUUUCUGAUCAUUGGCUUCUUUGUUUCGAAGACUGAAUGCAACCGUUGAGACC